GUCCUGUUUAGUAUAUUACCUGUGCGCCGCUUUGAGAAUUCGUGGUACGCGGAAAUUGCUAUUCAGGAAACACAAAAUUUGGACUUUGUAGUGCACGUUAGUGCGAGGCAUUUCGUAGGACAUUUUUGGACAUGGCACAACGACCGGACUUACCCGUGGGCUACCUCGGUGCUCAGCCGAAAUUUGCUGAAUUAGGGCUGUCGGCUUUAAGUAACAUAGAUUCGGAAAUACGAACCAACGAUAAUCAGUUGGAAAUCAAAUUGAAAUGCAAAGAUAACCUUAAGGUUACACAUCAGUUAAUAAACACCCGUGACGACAAGGACCUCUCAGAGUUUGUGUUUACGCAAACUUUACACGGUACCAUCACGUUCAUCAUCAAUCUGCCAGAGUCAGGGUACUACAAAUUCCAGAUUUUUGCCCUCCCGGCGAACGAUGACAGCAAGUCGCUACCGAAUGUCUAUAACUACUUAAUUAACUGCGUUCGGGCUCUUCAUCCGGUCUUCCCAUUCCCGAAGCAGUACGCACAGUGGAAAGACGGUUGCUAUCUGCACGAGCCACUCGUGCUCCACAAGGAAGCGCCGUUGAGGAACGUAUUCUGGAAAGUGAUUAUUCCUAAUGCUAAGGCCGUCGCCAUCGUGGCGGAUGGGGAAUGGUUCCAUCUUGAGAAGAAGGGCAACCAUUUUGAAGGUAACUCAAACUUAGAGCCAUUCAAAAAUAAGGACACUAAAAUCACCGUCAAUGCCAACUUCGGAUCAGACGAAUCCAAAUACUCUACAAUGUUGGAGUACCAUCUAUAACGGACUUAAUGUUUCGUAUCUACACAGAUGGGGAUUAAAAUAUAUAACUUUUUAAUGGUAUCAUUACAUCAAAAUGUGACAGGAGAAUCAUGACUGAGAAAACUGCAAUUGCAAAAGUUUUCUUUCUACAGAUGGAUAGCAUUAAUUAAUUUAUACUGUGUAUAUCAAACUAGAUUUUAAUUUUGCUGCUUGCUUCAAAAUGUGCAAACAUUUUAUAUAGGAAUUCCAGCGCGUGUUUUUACUCUUAUUUAUGUUAUUUAUUUUGUAGCAGUUACAUUUUUCGUAGUUAAACCAAUUAAAUUAUUUUCUGGAUCUUAAGUGAAUUAAAUUUUCAAAGGUU